UUACGUUUAUUGGUGGAAAAGUUGCUAAAGUCUCUACUUCUCUAAUUUGAUCGAUCGAUACAAUAUAAUAAGAUACGAUAUGGUUUGUUUUUGCUUUUUGGUGGAUCAGAAGAAGAUGAUGAGGCAGAGUAAGCCCGUGGCCGGUUCGUGUUCACGUUGCGGCCACGGAGCUCAAGUUGCUCAUAUGCGAACCGCUACCAGAUUUUGUUACGUUCCAUUUUACUGGAAAUCUUGGAAGGCUAUUGUUUGUUGCUUCUGCGGUGCUGUUCUCAAAUCUUACAGAUAAUAAUAACAAUAAUAUAUAUGAACCUAUAUAUAGUAGCUAUACUAUAGACACUCAGAACUAUAUAUAUAAGUUCUCGAGAUGAAAAUUCUAACUUCGCAACCAUAUUGUACGAUUCGUACAUAUAUAUAUCCUUUGUGUUCAUGAUUUUGAU